AUGUAUUCAAAAUAUGGAAUCCCGGAUGAACUAGUAUCCGACAAUGGUACGCAGUAUACAAGCAAGGAGUUCAAGGAUUUCACAAAGGAAUAUGGAUUCACCCACACCACAUCAAGUCCGUUGUAUCCAAAAUCAAAUGGACAAGCGGAGAGGAUGGUACAAACCGUCAAACGGAUUCUCAAGAAAAACAAAGAUCCGUACAUAGCAUUAAUGGAUUACCGUAACACGGAAAUUCAAGGACUAGGAAAAUCACCAGCACAGAUGUUUCUAGGACGUCGUCUGAAAACAAAAUUACCGACAACGGCAAAACUUUUGCGUUCCAUGAACAAUGACACUCAUGAGAAAUUGAAAUCUAGACAGCUAAACUUUAAAAGAUUUCACGACAGGAAUGCAACCAAGAACCUACCAGAUCUGCAAGCAGGAGACCGUGUAAUGUUGAAAGUACAAAAUUCGUGGAAACAUGCCAACAUCGAGUCAAAACAUCACCAACCGAAAUCGUUUAUCGUGUCAUGUGAAGGAAAGCAAUACCGUCGCAACCGAAGCAGUAUGAAACAAACAAAAUCGAUUAAAGAAACAUCCGAAGUCGAAGGAUUUGACUUUCAGCUUCCCGACAGUGUUUCUCAACAGAUUCCAGGAACUACUCGUCCGAACAGCGACAAUGCUAGUGAACAUCCGAACUGUGACCGCGAAACCGAACAAGCUCGAUGUACCCGUCCAAAACAAACUCUAUCGUUUCCAACUCCACCGCAAGAACUGAACAAAACGCGAUCGGGACGUACUAUCAAAGCUCCUGGCAAAUACGCAGACUAUGUUAUGCAGACAGUUUAA